AUGCACAAGAGCAACCUUGUUCGAGCGGACGUUUUACUUCAAGAGACUGUUCAAACGCCCUCAGAGUUGAACCACAAAACAAAAAGUCCUACAGAUACUCGAGGUGGCGAUUCAAGUACAGAUGAGGGUUCUCCGAUGCUUCCAAUAAUUGUACUUCUUAAAGAUUCAGUCGAAAUUAUGAACUACAACAUAAGGAGCCGCUGUGGGUUGGGCCAUCCCCAUCGACCAAAUCCAGUUGACUUGGAUGGGAAUUUCACAGAUUUUGCUAAUAAGAUGGUUGCCAACAAUUUGAUCAAGGUUGAAUAUGAGCCCUUUGCAUCAGCUUUCCAGAGUCUUUCCUCUUCUUCUGAAGUUGCUGAUGGAUUUCGAUCCCACCGCUCAGCCAGGUCUGUUGCCGAAGCUAGCAAAGGAAUUCACAAAUUCAGAUCACGGUCACCCAGUCGUGGUUUGCAAAAUCCUGUUUCUGCAACUUCCGAUCAACUUCAAUCCCUACCAUUAAGGCUUCAAAGUCAAUCGGCAUCAAUCCAAAGCUUUCGAGAUCCUGUUGCUUCCACUGCCAAUCAGCUUCAAUCAAUAGGACCAAGACACAGCUCAAAGUACUCUGCUUUUGGGGUUCACAAGACACAGCAUCAAAGCCGAUUGGCAUCAGUAAAGAAAACCUUUUUGGAUCCUGCUUCCGGUGCUGCUAUUCCAUCAGAACGACGCUCUCCUUUUGAACCUGGCAAGAAAAGACAUCACUUCGCUCCAUACCCACCUCAUAGCACUCAACAUCGCACUACUGAAUUUGGCAACCGAAUGCAAACUUCUGCUUCUAGAGACAUCAACCAAUUUAGAUCACCACCAUCCAUUUUUGCGACCGGAACAUCUGAUUCAAAAGAUCUUGCUUCUGAAGUUACCUAUAAACUUCAAUCACACGUUUUGGAGAAAUCUGCUUCAUAUUCUGGAAAGAAACAGCAUCAAUCUAGAUCUCUGUCGCGUAAUCACAAUCUUGAAAAGUCGAAUUCAAUCUCUACCCAAGAAAUAGAUCAUUUAUAUGACCCAUCACCACGACUUCAGAAUUCCGGAGCAUUCUAUGAUUACCCGCCUUCGCCAAGGUACAAGGCUAUCUCGUCCUCUCCUUCAGCCGUCUCAAAGAUACCUCAAUCUCAAUCACCACUACCAGCCCUUGCCUUGGAAGAUUCUUCUUCUGAUGCGGAGACCGUAAUGGCUAUAUCAAAACCUCUAUCACAAACAAAUGAUUCAAAAAUCUCCAGUUCGUUAGUACCUGGAUUGCUUCAGCAAAGAUGCCCUCAAAAAACAUCAAUUUCUCGAAAAGGUCUCACAUAUGAGGGUAAUGUUCCUUCAGCGGCACCAGCUACACAACCUCAAGGAUCCAAUGCUGAAGAAAAAAUAGAAAAUUUCAUACCAUCCAUCUUGAACUGCCACUGUAGAUUUUCAACCAUGCGGUCUAUUUUGACAAGUGGAAUUGGUCCCCUUGAAAAGUUGCUUAAAGAUAACACGUGCAAUGGAUACAUGUAUAAGGAAACUGCUCAUAUCUUUUUCAGAAUGUUUGAAGAAGUAAGAAUGGUGCAAGAUUGUGUUGAACAUGUUCACAACUGUCCAAAUUCAGUGAGCUGA